UCGUCUUCUAGAAUGAUGUACUCCCUAAAUUUUGUCCCUAUGAGUGGUUAAUUUGUUAGUUGUAUAGGUUGAAUAAUCCUAGAGGUUUCUUAGGUCAUACAAUAGUCGGUUAUAUAUUGUAUAGGUUGAAUAAUCCUAGAGGUUUCUUAGGUCAUACAAUAGUCGGUUAUAUAUAUAUGGGUGAGGCUGUUAUACUCCUGAGCAUACGACACUCCAGAUACUCCUAGUGGGAUAUCUCUAUAUUAAUCAUGAAUUAAACCAAUUUUGGAAUAUGAUAUUAUAUCCUAACCUUUAUGUAUUUACUGCAUCUCGAGUGCUACCGCCUAGUCGUCUUUGCCCAUAGUGAUGCACCCAGAUCGCUGAGCUGGUUGGCGAUACAACUUUUGAUUGCUUGUAAAUUCAUGUGCAUCGCUUCCUCUUUUAGCAAUGAAGAGUUUAUCGUGUUUCGAUCACUGAACGUAUCGCUUGUAUCCAAACAAUUUGCUCCAAACAUGUAUAGUUUGGAAAUUUCUUAUUAACAAUACUAUUUUGAAGAUUUUUUUAGUGGCAAGUUUGGAAAAAAUCCCUUAUGUUUUCUUCUCUAAUAGGAAAAGAACUAUCCCUCAUUACUUAGUGCUUUAGAAUGACGAUGUAAAAAUUUCAAUGUGGUGAAACCUUUUACGUCGUCAUUUUGGCCAUGACUGAGUAACUCAAACAAAAUCGAGAAAUUCUUUUGCAGAUUCAGACAAUACCAUGGAUAGAUGCAAAUUGCGGCAUACCCAGUAGUCUACUCGUCGUCCUUCACGGCUUCCGUUCCUUUUCCAGUACCAAUUUGAUUACUGCGCGAGUGGUGUUCCAAUUUAAUUCGUCUGUAUCUCCAUCAACGUCCGAUUACUCUGCUUCGACACUCCGUUUCUCUCCAGCUUUGUGUAACCUCUGCCCGUCAGUUUGUAGCAAUCUGGCAUAUACCGCAGCGAUCCCGCAGAAGAUCCCCAUUUCUCUUCUUCCCCGCUGUUCUUUGGGAAGUCCUGCUUGCUCUUUUUGCCCUAAUUGAGUGCCCAAUUGAUGGCUGAUCUUGUUCUGUUAUGUGCUUGAAUUGCGACUGCUUUCCCGUUUCCAAGGUUAGUUUCUUUGAACGGAUAAUUUAGAUCUUGAUUGGAACCCUGCCGUCUUUUAGAUUGGUCCCCGGGAACAUAGCUGGGAAAUGGAUGGCAAGCAAGACUUUGUGAAUUCUUUUUUUUUUUUUUUUGGGUAAAAAUUGAAUUCUUUUCAAUGCUAAGCAGUCAUCGUUGCUGUAGCUUUCUAGAUAUAUGAUUUAGGUGAAUUUGGUUUACGCCUGAUUACAAAUUUCUUGGCUGUUUUAGGGAUUUGGGGUCACUUCUGUUGCAUUUAAUUUAGCUUCUUGGUGGCAGCAAACACUUAUUGUAUACCAGGAACACAAGCAGAACUGUGAUGGAAGAUGGGGAAUGUUUGCGAAAUUGAGGGAUGAAGAUAGAGCAUUGGAUUUCCAGACAUGAAUCGAUCUCCAUCCUUUUCAGUUAAGUCAGAAUCCAGCGUAAAGGUUGACCCAGAAUCUCUGCAGCAAUGGGCUGUUGCAUUUUGUGUGAUUAGGUUUGAUCUGGAACAAGGUCAGCUGAUUGAAGAGUGUUAUCCAUCUGGUUAUCUCUCAAGUGAGGAAGAACUUGAUGUUGCUUUCAGUUCCUUUCCGGAUUCUGUUUCUCAGCACCAGAACCGUUCAAGCAUUCAUGAUUGCAUGUUCUUCUUCCGUGUCCAGAGGCGGCAAGGCUCUGCACCAAGUAAUGUCAAGUCAUCUGGUUUCCAAGAACACAAUGGCAAAAGUCUACCUUCAGAGCUACCACAUGAAUUGGUGAAAUCCAAACUCAGCAAUAACGCUAGGGGUAAUAAAUACCUGUAUGGCUACGUGUUCAACCGACAGAGACAUGAUGAAAGGUUAAAGCGAGGAGGAGAACAGAAAUCUGUGGUUAUAUUAUCUCACAGGCCCUAUUCCUCUGUGUUCAGACCUUUGCUACAGAUAAUGGGUCCAUUAUAUUUUGACAUAGGAAAGAAGGCCCUUGAGCAUAUUGCUAGUUACGUGUCAAUGUGGCCUGCUCCUCUACCUGGUAAGCUAAUGGAGCUUCCUAUUGGCAAUGCGAUGCUUAAAGUUAACUUGCCCCCUGCCCAUAGCUUACCUUUGGACAAUGGAAAGCAUGAGGAAUCUUCUUCAUCAAUGGCUCCUCUGCUUCCAACUAAUCAAUCGAUCCCACAAGGGCUUUUCCAUGAUUCUGAUAUAUUUGGUAUUUUCCGCGGGAUUCUAUUGCAACUGUGGGUCUUGUGGGAGUUGUUGUUGAUUGGUGAACCUAUUCUUGUCAUAGGACCUACGCCGCCUCAAUGCAGCGAAGCAGUUGCAAGUCUUGUUAGUUUGGUUGCACCAUUGUUGUUCAGUGUUGAUUUUAGGCCUUACUUCACCAUUCAUGAUCCAGGAUUCGCUCGACUGAAUUCCCUUCAGGAGGGUGACACUUUUCCUCCAAUGAUAUUGGGAGUGACAAACCUUUUCUUCCUCAAAUCUCUUCGCAAUAUUCGUCAUAUUGUGUCAGUUGGAACCCCUGCAGGGAUUUCUAGUCGUCAACCCAUUUCAAAUAGGUUCUCUUCCGGUGGGGUUCCUGCAAGACCAGAAGGAUCUGGUCUUCAGCAGAUAUCUUUUAAAAAGUUUUCGCCUUCAAGUUUCUUGAGUGCUGUUAAGUUAAGGAGAGAAGGCCCUCUUUCCCUCAUGACAGAACAUAAGGAAGCCGUUUGGACAAGUUAUACGGCAGUAACCAAGCCAGAUACUUCGAUCCUUAAUAGGCUCAUUGAUGCUGGGAUGUCACCAAGGGUUGAGGAGUCCAUGUCAGUUGUCAACAAUGAGAUAUUACGCAGGCAUUUCUUGGAGCUCACCACUAACUUCUUGGCCCCUUUCGGCCCAUAUUUGAGAGCUACAACGCCAUCUGAAGGAUCUUCUCCAUUUGUUGAUCCUCCUCCUCUCCCUCAAUUUAACGUUGAUGAAUUUUUGGCAAGCUUAUCAGCACGAGGUGCAGGGAAGUUUCUUUCAAAAAGAAUGCGAUCUAAUUGGCUGGAUUUAUACAGGCGGUUCCUGAAAGGGCCAAACUUUAUGCCAUGGUUUGAGAGAAGGCGAGCUGUUGCCGAACAAGAGCAGCAUAGAUUAUGGAGGGAAGCAAGAAUGACCACAGAUAUAACACUGUUCAUAUCAAAGAUGUCUGAACUGGAAAUUGUUGAUUCUUUCAAUGCCGUUGAGAGGCACCUUCAGUGGGAACUUCAGGUGUCAAAGUUGGGAAAGGUUAGUGACCCUGCUGCAAAUACUUUCGAAAAGCUGACGAAAGAUCUGCAGGCAGUGUUCAAUGUUCUUCCCAAGGAUAUGCAACAGCUUCUGCUCAUGAACCCGGAAAGGGCUGCUCUCCUGCGAGGAAAUGUAGAAGAUACAAUGCCCCUUUGAUAAGCCAGCUUCUGGUUCCCCUACAUGACAGGUUACAAAAGUUAAACCACGCCUGGUUAAAACUCUUCUUUAAACUGCUGAAUGGUUGAAUGACUUGUAACCCAAGCAUUUCUGGUGUUCUCCACUGGUUGCGGUGUUCUUUCUCGAGCUUGUCAUUUGUUCAUGGUUAGAUGAGCACCACCAUCAUUGUAUCAUGCAGUCUUACCAUACCUCCUGGGAUCUGGUAUGCUGAAACCAUUUCCCAUUUCGCUUCAGAGAUGUGAGGUCAUCGUCUCCCGUAGCAGUGAUGGAGCUUACAUGUUGCCCUCUUAUGCAAUUCCAAUGACUUAACCUUGUUCAGACUCAGAUGACAUGGAUGCUUGCAUUUGUAUGAAACUAAAUACAAGGGGGUAGACUCAUUGUAAUUGUUUUGAAGAAAAUGUAUCGAGUAUGAGGCUGCAUUCUGCAUUAAUACUCGGUGCUGAUUUCACUGUCCUUGUACAUUGUCGAGGCAUCAUCGUCAUUGUGUACCCUUGUGCUGGUAUGGAUUUUGAUGAGGUUUUGGAGAGCUAUGUUUUCAGAUGUUACAUUACUUCAUUCUAUACCUGGAAUGCCUUGUAGGAGGCUGGAUGUGGGGUGCUCUGUUUCUGGUAGAGAUGAAUACUCGAGAAUGGAUAUGGUAAUCGAUUUGUGAAUUGUAAUUUUGGAUAUUUACUUGAGUAGGGCUUGGAUUCCUUUUCGUGGCCUCCUUAAUAUUCUGUCAUUUCCUUGGGUUAGGAAGCAGUAGUAAAGCAUGACUGCAGAUCAAGGAGAUCACUGGUUGGCCCUAAUUUUAGAUUAGGAUGGAGAGAGUAGUUGUUUCAUGCCCUAUUUGUGUAUCCGAGUUGCCACAACCAUGAAGUUAGGAUAUCCAAUGACAUGGCCCUCCCCGACCUUGAAGGUCGAAUUGGAUCAAUUUGUUUACAGAGUCAGUUUAGGGUCGGAUCCGUUUUUAUCCUAUAAGAGUUGGGUAGGGUGGGGUCACUUUUUGCCUCUAUGACCCAUGGCAACAACUAGUGAUACGAAACCAACACAUUGGACCUGUUUGUAAAGUUUAAAAGUUUAGGCGAACAAGAAUUUGGUCUUGGUCCAACUGGUCUUAAACCUGAAGGUCUCAGGUUUGAAUCCUUUAGUAACACCUUACUAAAACCAAACAUAUAUCACCCUUCUAAAACAAAAUGUUUAAAAGUUUAGGCACUACAAUACCAGGUAAAAAAAAAGGGUACUAAAAUGGAAAUUUACCAUGAAAUUUCAGAAUAUGUUUGCAAGAAAAAAAUUCAAGUACUAAAUUGUAACUUGUAAGAAAAAUAAAUUAGAGUACCAUAAUAUAAUAAAAAAAAACAGUGUUGUUGAUUGAUUUGGGCCGAGUCACUAACUCAACUCGACUUAUCCAGCACGACUCUAGAGCGUCAAACAGGGUCAAGAAGCAAAGAGAGACAAAGUAAGUAGCCCAAUUUUAUAAAUUUACAUCUAUAGAAACUAGUCACGGGCCCGGCCAGUUGGCCGGAUUCAAUCCCCUAUUACAUGAAUUAUAUUAUCUAAUUGUAUGUGAGAUACGUGAAUUUUGAUAGUAUAAGCAAAGCUAAAAUAUUCAAAUAGUUGAAACAUUCAAAUUUUUUGAUAGAAUAAGAGAAUCCAAAUUAUUAAAGCACUUCAACAAUUUAAAAUAUUUAAAUAGUGUUUUUCGACAUUGUACGCAACUAACUCAUCGACUAAAAUCCUUUUACGAAAAUGAAAGAAAAAUAUGGACUGACU